AGUUUGUUCAGCGUGUGGGGAGCACAGCUGCUGCUGCAAGGCUUCAUUCAUUACUAUACAUUCACUCGUGAUCACCACUGCGGGACUACAGACCAUUGUCGUGUACCCUUAAAAGAUUUUUCAGCGUCUUAUUUCUUCACUAAUGUCGUAGCGAGCCCAGGGGUCCGAAGAAACUGAACACAAGCCAAUCGGGUCCUUCGUGAAGAAUUUUAAGCAGUUUGAGAAGAAAAUGUUGAUGUGAGCUGCGACUGCGACUGCGCAGACUCUGUGAUAGAGGAGCAGCAGCAGCAGCUGAUCUCAGCAAUAAACGCGAAGCAAUGAUCCCUACAGCAAUUUCAAUCUAAAUUUGGUCGAAUUGCUGUUGUUUACCGCAGUGGUUUUUACAAGAGGAAACGGGAUUCAAAAUGGGAAACAGUUUCUCCAAUAUAUCCGCGUUUCAGUCUCUCCACAUAGUGAUGCUUGGCUUGGACUCCGCAGGGAAAACCACGGUUCUCUACAGACUGAAAUUUAACGAGUUUGUUAACACCGUGCCCACGAUUGGAUUCAACACGGAGAAGAUCAAGUUAAGUAACGGCACGGCCAAAGGAUUAAGUUGUCAUUUUUGGGACGUCGGUGGACAGGAGAAACUCCGGCCCUUGUGGAAAUCUUACAGUAGGUGCACGGAUGGCAUUAUUUAUGUGGUGGACUCUGUCGACGUAGAUCGACUGGAAGAAGCUAAGACGGAGCUGCAUAAAGUGACCAAAUUUGCUGAAAACCAAGGAACGCCAUUGUUAGUAAUUGCCAAUAAACAAGACCUGCCGAAAUCUCUGCCCGUGGCGGAUAUAGAGAAACAACUGGCCCUUCAGGAGCUCACACCAGCCACUACAUAUCAUAUCCAACCAGCCUGUGCCAUCAUUGGCGAGGGACUUCAUGAGGGAAUGGAUAAACUGUAUGAAAUGAUAGUGAAACGACGAAAAGCCCUCAAACAGAAGAAGAAGCGAUAACCAUCGCUGAUACCUUGAGUCAUUGGACAUGGCAUUUUAUCAUUGCACUGUUGACAUUCAUGAUGUUUGUUUUCAAGAUGGACUUGUGUCUGACAUUUCAAGCAUGUCAAUGAACCAAAAAUGAUUUCUUUUACAUAAAAGGGCUGGUUCCCUUUAAGCUGCCAGUACUGAGC